AUGAAUGAAGAAUGUCCAAGUUGUAGGCAGAUAAUAAAUACAUCAUGUUCAAGACUUGUGAAAGAUAGUUGUGGUCAUAUUAAAUGUCGCAUGUGUUUAGUAUAUGAAGAACAUGGCUGUAAAAUUUGUAACAAUGAACACUGUAUACAAAAUAUUGGAAAUUAUGAGUGUUCUCCUUCAACGAAAGAUGAGCUAAAUAAUAUUUCUACUUCUCAUAAAAAUGAUACAGAUAAAGAGGUAUUACCUUUAGAACUAGUUAUUAAUAAGGAUUCUAAACUUAAAUCUAAUAAUUUCGAACUCAUUUCUAUUGAUUACAUAAAUAAUUAUGAGUUAUAUUGUGGAGAUAUAUUUAACAAAACAAAAGAAAUAUAUAAAUCUUGUAUAACUGACAUUAAAAAUAAUGAUAUUUCAAAAAAAUUAUAUAUUUCCAACAUAGAAUCCAACAAUAUACUUUUAAAUGUGUAUCCACAUUUAAGUAAUAAUGUAGUAGUAAAAUCAUCAUCUUGCUCUAAAGCAUCAGAAAUUUGUAAUUUGGAAUGUAAAACAGAAUUUUCAAGAAAAGAAAAGUUAAUAAAAAAUAAAUCUUCGAAACAUCCUGAUCGUAAUCACAUUACAGUGAUACCAGGAACACCAGAGAAAUAUAAGUGCAACAUUUGUACCAAGAUUUUUCGCAACAAAAAAGAAAAAUGUUAUCAUGAUGCUUGUAUAACAGGUGUUAAACCUUAUCAGUGUUCUUUUUGUGACAGAAGUUUUAUUAAACGGUCUCAUUUCGAAUAUCAUGAAAGAAUUCAUAGAGGAUACAAACCAUUUAAAUGUAAUCUUUGUCAAAAAGCAUUUCCUCAACAAAAUAAGCUUAAUAGACAUAUGUAUUCACAUACUAAAAAACAAUUUACAUGUCCUAAAUGCGACAAAAAAUAUACUAAACAGAAUGAUUUAAAAAAUCAUUUAGAUGUACAUAAUGGUACAACUACAUAUUCUUGUAAAGUAUGUGAAAAAACUUUUAGAAUGUUAACUAAUUUGAAACGUCAUCUAAAAACACAUACAAGUGAAAGGCCAUAUGUAUGUGAUGAAUGUAACAAGAGCUUUAAAGACAAAUCAUUAUUAAUCCGACAUAAAAAAACACAUGGAAAAGAUCGACCAUUUUCAUGUGCACAUUGUAGUAGAGUAUUUUUAUCUAAAAGUGAACUGAGACGACAUAUAGCUGUGCAUUCAGAUGAGAAACCAUUUUCUUGUGAAUACUGUGAAACUCUAUUUAGAAGAAAAGAUAAUUUACAUCGUCAUAUUAGACAUCAUCAUCCACAACAUCAUAAUCCAUCUUUUAACAUUAAUAAAAUACAGAAUUCAUUACUUGAAACAAGUACAAAAUUAGCCAAAACGAAACAAAUAAAUUCAAAACAAAAACAGAAAACAAAAAAAACACAAAAAAUUACGUCCAAUUCAAUACAAAAAACUCCAACUAAAGUAUCAGUAGUUUGCAUAAGUUCUUGUGACCAAAUCAGUUCUAGACUAGAUUCAAUGGGUAACAUUACGCCUAUUAUAAGAACCACUAAUGAAGUGAGUAAUGCAGUGUCAGUUAUCAAUGGACCAAUUAGUACAAUUAAUACAAAAUCAGACGAUAAGACUGAUAUCAAAAGAAAGACAUUUACCUACACAGAACCAAUACCUCUUGCUGAGGCAGUAGUAAUAAAUAAACGGAUUGAGGAAAAAUUAUAUCCACAGAAUGUUUCAAAUCAUAAUUAUUUUCUUAGAAAUUGCUUGAAUUGUACAGAUAAAUCAUAUCCCAUCCCUUUAAAUCAAAUAUCCCGUACAAACGCUAAUCUGAAAAAUUCUGUGCGUAAAGUAACUUUACAUGAAAAUUCACCUACAGAAUUCAGUUCAAAUAUGCAAACAAAUUUUACAUGUGAUAUGGAACAAGAAAUGAAAAAUGAAAACAAUAUGAAACUGAAGGUCGACGAUAAUAGUACUCUUAUAGAUAAUUUCAAGAAGUGUACAUAA